UAUGUAAGCGUUGGCUUUGUUUAUGUCAGGUACAAAUGCUAGCUCACCAGUGCAGUCCUCUGUCCAAACCCGAAGGGAUCACGGAAACGUUUCGACAGUGUUCAAACCUCCAAAAGGACAAGAACCCAGACAGGUUUGUAUCAGUAGUAGUGUUGGAUGAAGUUGGUCUUGCUGAAGAUUCACCGCUGCUACCGCUGAAGACACUUCACCCUCUGCUUGAGGAUGGUGUGACGUCAUCCGAUGAUAUCAUCGAAACCGACGAGAAACCGACGAGGGUUGCCUUCAUUGGGAUUUCAAACUGGGCCCUAGACCCCGCCAAGAUGAACCGAGGAAUAAUGCUGUCACGUGAUGUACCUGGACUACAGGAGCUUGAAGACAGUGCUAUGGGUAUAUGUGCAUCAAAGCGAGAUGUUCAAGAGCGAAUGGCUCCCAUAAUACCCGCUCUAGCGGAAGCAUAUCAGGAGGUGUAUGAAAGACAGAAAAACCUACAUGUCUUGAAAGAAUCCAAGAAAGACGAAUUCUUCGGAUUAAGAGAUUUUUACAGUCUUAUCAAGAUGAUAUUCAGCAAGGCCAAAGACAYUCACUKKGUYCCUGGAUGGGAUAUUGUUGAAUACGCCGUCAGACGUAACUUUGGAGGUCUUCAAGGUGGUGAUUUGGAUCCAGUGGAAGUCUUUAUGAAGCACAUGGACGUACCGCAACAUCAYAGAGCGGAUAACGAUGAAAGAACGUUGAUGAGUCCUUUUGAACUCAUUAAGUCAAGUCUCGACAAGAAUCCUUCUGAAGAGGAUAGUCGAUAUUUGUUGAUUUUGACUGAAAACCAUGCAGCUCUGAGUAUCGUUCAGCAAUAUUUGAAAGAGUCGAGGAAAAAAGGAGAUGAGAACGAUCCAGUUUUGAUCUUUGGGAGCAAUUUUCCUAAAGAUCUUGAGUACACCCAGGUUUGUCGAAACAUCAACGACAUCAAAGUGUGCAUGGAAACAGGACGAACUGUUAUCCUUCUCAACAUGGAAAGACUUUACGAGGGGCUUUAUGACGCUCUUAACCAGUAUUAUGUACAUUUUGGUAACGCAAAAUAUGUGGACCUUGGUCUYGGAACUCACAGAGUCAAGUGUAGAGUGGACCCAAAGUUCAGGUUGAUUGUUAUCGCGGAAAAAAGCACAGUUUACAACGAUUUCCCAAUUCCUUUGAUUAACCGCCUGGAGAAACACUUCCUGGUUUUGUCAACAAGUCUGUCUGCUCCCCAGGAAGAACUUGUGGGAACUCUCAAGGAMUGGGUGGAACGCUUUGCAAGAAUCAACACACCACAGCAUCACGGCAAAACAAGGGAAUUUUCAAAGGGAGAUGCGUUUGUUGGGUACCACGAGGAUACAAUCCCGUCAGUGGUGCUCCAAGUCUGCAGCAAUCUCGGACAAGAUGAGACAGAAUUGGAAGAUGAGCAGAUGAGAUAUGAWUGGGAGGAAAAAGUUUUGGCAGAGUCCAAACGACUCUUAGUGCAAUGCUGUACACCAGAUGCAAUUGCCAGAUUGCACUCCAGUGAUCUUAAGAAUGAAGCUGAUGACAUUUGGAACAUGUACUUUGAACAGCAACACCACUCWAGUCUGGCAGAAUUCUUAAAAGGCAAAGAACGCGACGAUGGACUGCUUAUUCAGGUAUCCACUCAUUCCAGGCUGUUGUCAGAAGACGACUUGAAGGAAGUUGCAGGGGCUUUAAACAUUCACAGACAUUAUGUCGAGUUUUUCACUCUGCAACAGUUUCAGACAGAGCUUCAGUUUUGUGAUAGAGUUGGAAAAUUCUUCGCUCAUCUCGGAGGUGAAGAAGGUCUCCUCGUCGUCCAGUGCAUUCCAGCAGAUACCACAUUCAACCUUUUAGCCUGUGCACGCCAUCUUCUUAUGAAGCAACGAGCUGAAUUUACAGAAGAUCAUACAGAWCUCGCCCCAAUACACAUMAUUGUCAUCAUCCAGCUACCCAGAAUCCCUGGCGGUUACCCUGAUUUCGUUGGUUUCCAAGGUCAACGCUGGGAGUCUGUUCACAUCGAUGAACUCGCUACUCCUUCCUUCUACGUUCCUUCUUUGGAAGAUGUAAAGGACCAGUCCCUCAGUGAGCUGUUUGAAGCCUGCAUGUGUUAUAAUGAUUCUAAAGAUAAUGCCCUGGACGCUGUUGGUGUUCUAAGACAGUGUGUGCARUCGGCAGCGCAAAGGAUUAACGACAGUUCCAAUACAGUUGAAAGAGCAACUCGGAGAAUCGUCAUAUUACUUGACCAGUUUUCUAAAGAUGGUAAAAGAACCCCAGUGUAUGGUGGAAAUAUGCAGUCAUUCUCUCGUGUAUUGAUAACUCGCGUGCACGAGCUUUUAAAAGAAAGGGAUGAGAGAACUACUGAACAAGGUAAAAAAUGGUCGACAACAGAAGCUAUGGAACAUUCAGAYCUCCAGGAAACCGGGACUUACAGACGAGCACUGUGGCGCAAAAUACAGAAUGCCAUUGUGCCAAUCUUAUCAGAAUUAAUCACUUAYAUUGACACCAAUGGCAACUUGGAACUGCUACAAAAAAAUAACCCUUGGUUGACAGAGCUGUGGCUUCAACUCUUCCAAAACAACAAGUUUACAGAGGUUCAGUACUCGUCUUUCUUGACUGAGGAAAACGAGAUGAUCCGGACUAAAGUGCCGGUAAAGUCAUCUGGUCGAGAUGGUCACUUCUUUAAGUGUUGGCUCCCGUUCUCAUGGCUUAUAAAGGAGAAAGUUGAUGUUAUGUGGGAGAACGCCAAGGGUGUUUCAGAAAACUCACCCAACCACGAGUCCGUAGAAGAAUGCCUCCGUGUACUGAUGUCCAACUCUGACGUGUCAGCUAUCAUAAACGAAAUUAACGAACGACAAGAAGCAGUCGAGAGAUACAUUCAUGACUUUGUUCAUAUGAAUUACAAACCUAUAGAGGACGGCGAGGUUGAGCUUGUUGCAAGAGCUAUAAUUAUCACAACAAGGCAAUUGCACAACCGUGACGGCGUUAACGGUGAUACAACAGAUUUCAAAUUCCCGGAUAUUGCUCUGGUSCACAAGGCUUAUUCACGUAUUGAACACCGGCUUGCCUGCUUYAGUCAUCUUGUACGAUGCAAGCCUUCAAUUGUGCAAAAACUUCUUGAAGUGUUCUCUUACAAUGACAUCGAAAUGACCCUCGACGUCAUUGCACUCCAAAUAAGUCUUGAAAGCUUGGAACCUCAGCAAGUGAACAUGGCAAAUCCUGAUAAAAGAAAACAAUGGUGUGAACACGUGAUUUCAGUGCGAGCUCCUACAGAAAGUAUGAUGGUCGAAGAAAAAGACUUAGAAAAUGAGGAAAAGACGAUUUAUAUUUUAACAGCAUGCAGGUAGGAAAAAGGGACAGCCAGGGCAAGUGUUGACGACGCAAUAUCAAGUAAAAAACAAUGCGAUAUAGCAAUCAGGCAUUGGCAUAUGAUGACCACGUUACUGUCUAACGUUAUAUUGACUAUUCAUUAGACGACGAAGAUGGCAGCCGUAAGCGGAGUAGCGCAUGCUCAAUCUGCCUAUUUUAAAUACUACUAGGAUGUUAGGCACCGA